CCGCCCCGCUCCGGCCCCGGCGGAUGCGGCGGAAGCGCCCGGCAGCGCCUUCCGGCGCAAGCGGCACCACGCGUUCUGCGGCCGACAUGGAGACCGAGGCUGGAGCGGGCGGCGGCUUCACCAGCGUUGUGUCCCGGCGGAGCCGGAGGAAGCGGCGGGCGGGCGGCGAGGAGCCGGCGGCGGGAGCUGCCAUGGACACGGCGGAGCCGCGGCCCAGCAAGCGGCCGGCGUUCCCGCCCGUAGCCGUCGAGACGCUCGGGGUUGGAAAAGGUGAGCUGAGGAAGAUCCCUGUGCCGGCCAACAGGUACACGCCGCUUAAGGAGAGCUGGAUGAAGAUAUUCACGCCCAUCGUGGAGCAUCUGCAGCUUCAAAUCAGGUUCAACUUGAAAACGAGGAAUGUUGAAAUAAAGACUUGCCAAGAGACAAAGGAUCUCAGUGCUCUGACAAAAGCAGCUGAUUUUGUGAAAGCUUUUAUACUUGGAUUUCAAGUAGAGGAUGCCCUUGCUCUCAUCAGAUUAGAUGAUCUUUUUCUAGAGUCAUUUGAAGUUACAGACGUCAAACCUUUGAAAGGAGAUCAUCUGUCAAGAGCAAUAGGGAGAAUAGCAGGGAAAGGUGGAAAAACCAAAUUCACCAUAGAAAACGUGACCAGGACACGCAUCGUUCUUGCUGACGCAAAAAUUCAUAUUUUGGGAUCUUUUCAGAACAUUAAAAUGGCACGAACAGCAAUUUGCAAUUUAAUUUUAGGAAGUCCUCCAUCCAAAGUUUAUGGCAAUAUUAGGGCAGUGGCCAGCAGAGCAGCUGAGAGGUUCUGAACUGCACCACUAAGAACUGGGGACAGAAGUCCAGGUUCUGGACACACGAGAAGCCAAGAGCUACAUGAGCCAUCAGAUUUCUGCUGGAAGACCAGAAGAAAGCCAGGACUGAUUGUGCAGUCUGAUUGCCUUUGGACAUGUGGUCUGAUUUGAACAUACCUAAUGUUUCUGUCUAGUCAUUAAAAGGUAUUUUAAGUUGUGUUUGUAUUGAAA